UCUAGUCGACGGUCAAGCGGUGCUGAUGCUGUUACAAUGGGAGUCAUCCAGAUACGCAUCAUCUGGACCCAGCGCGUUUAAAACACGGCAGGCAGCACGCGCGCACGCACGCGCCCCAACUCACUUGUGAGGGAACACGAGGAGGAACCUCCAGCUGCUGCCGCUCCGCGUGACGUGCAGCGAUGGGAGCAUUCAGCCGACAGAAGUUCUUCCAAGAGCUCACUCAUGGAUGCCUGCUGCCUACAGCUCAGCAGGGCCUGGAGCAAGUAUGGCAGCUGCUGGUCAUCUGCCUGCUGUGUCGACUUCUCUGGAUGUUGGGCCUGCCUUCUUUUGUGAAGCACUUGUGCACCAUGGCGGGAGGUUUCUACACUCUCUACCUGUUCUUUGAGCUUCAUAUGAUCUGGGUGGUCCUUCUCAGCCUUCUCUGCUACCUCUUCCUCUUCCUGUGUCGCCACUCCACCAUCCGAGGCACCUUCCUCUCCAUCACCGUGCUCAUCUAUCUGCUGCUGGGAGAGCUGCACAUGAUGGACACCACCAACUGGCACAAGAUGAGAGGUUCACAGAUGGUGGUCGCCAUGAAGGCCAUCUCUCUGGCCUUCGACCUGGACAGAGGCGUGGUGGCCAGCGUACCGUCGCCCGUCGAGUUCAUGGGCUAUAUUUACUUCGUGGGCACCGUCAUCUUUGGUCCCUGGAUCAGCUUCAACAGCUACAAAGAAGCUUUGGAAGGACGUAAGCUGAGCUUUUCGUGGCUGCUAAAAGUGUCCGUCAGCUGGGUGAAGAGCCAGGUAUGCCUUGUUAUUUCAAACUGCGUGGCGCCAUACCUCUUCCCGUACUUCAUACCGGUCUAUGGAGACAAGCUGCUACGAGGCAAAAAGAGGAGGAAGAUCAGAGGUGCACCAGCAAAGUGGUUGUUGGCGUAUGAGAACACGAUGUCUUUCCACUUCAGCAACUACUUUGUGGGUUAUCUGGGCGAGACCACCAGCACGCUGGCCGGGGCAGGCUUCACCGAGGAGAAAGAAAACCUCAAAUGGGACAUGACUGUAUCCCAGCCGCUGAACAUAGAACUCCCCCGCUCCAUGGUGGAGGUGGUGACGUCGUGGAAUCUGCCCAUGUCUCGCUUCCUGCACACCUAUGUUUUUAAGAGUGCUCUCAAAUUUGGGACGUUCUCUGCCAUUAUGGUGACGUAUACAGCCAGCGCCCUUCUGCAUGGUUUGAGCUUCCAUCUGGGUGCAGUACUUAUAUCUCUGGGGUUCAUCACGUACGUUGAGCACGUGUUGCGGAAGAGGCUUGCGGCCGUUUUUAGUGCCUGCGUACUUUCAAAGAAAUGUCAGCCAAAUUGCACUCAUCGUAACAAAAAGAAGCUGUGGGUGUAUGUGAUCAACGUAGCAUUCAGCGCUUUGGCGAUACUCCACCUGACGUACCUGGGCUCCGUGUUCAACUCCAGCGUGGACUACGUGGACGAGGAGGAGGAUGACGUAACCCAUCACACCAUUCAGAAGUGGUCAGAGCUGAGCUGGACGAGCCACUGGGUCACAUUCGGAUGCUGGAUAUUUUACCGCCUCAUCCUCUAACAGCGAGAGACGAGACAAAGUGAAGCAAUAACAGGAGCGACGGUUUGGUUCUCCACCUCUUUGGUUCUCCACCCCUGCACUGGGGCUUCGUUCGGCAUCAGCCCGGGGGGGGGGGGGCGGAAUCGACCUGCACACGAACAAUAAACCAAGACGCGGCUAAAGCGUGCCGGCGUAAUACAUGAAUCUCACCUGCUGGGGGGGAGA